AUGCAUGCACCGACGACGUAUACCCCACGGUUCUGCUCGACCCCAGGGCUCCAGGCGGGCGAAUGGCAGCGCUCCGAAUUCGCAUUUGCUUUGGCUGGACAAGGAUCCGCUGCGCUGGGGGCUCCACCGGCCAGAGGGCCGCUCGCUGGUGCGUCAGAUUGCGCCCGCGGCCAUUGGCUCCGCUCUCUAGCGCCCUGCUGCCCGAUGCUCCUUUGUCGUAAUUCCGGGUGGUCAACACCAGACCAGCCGCUUAUCUCGACACUGUCUCCUCCAUGGAUCAGUGGAUGGCCGCAUGGCAUGACUGGGUGGAGGGAUGGGAAAAGAAACGUCGCCGCCGCCGCUAGUUACCCAGAUGAGCCGCCGGACAUCUGAGGUGAGGCGAGGCGACGUGAGUGAGUGAGCCCGCAACCGGCGGAACUGCCUUCUGAUAGGCCGGGAGCCGCCACUCUCCAUCCCCCCCAUCUAUCCCGCCUCCCGUUCCUCUCCUCUCCGAGCGGAAAACUCUGAGGUGUGGCCCGAAUUCCAAUAUACUCCAAACAGACAGUGGACAGAAAAAUAACAUAAAAAACAUAGACAACUCCACGUAUGCUACGCAGCAUGUUCCUUUCGUUCUCCAAUCGACAUCGCCCACUGUCGAUCUAGUUACAGCAACAGGCCCGCGAGUCCAUCUCUCUAAGCGUACAUGCGUACAUCAUCACCAUCAUUCAUCAUGGACCGCCACGCGCACGGAAAAGACGUGGCGGUAAACGAGCACGCUUCGGGGGAUCCCGGAACAGCCAUGCUCUCUUUCUCUCUUCUUCUUCAGACACGGCUGGUGCCAGCGGGAUACCGCAUUGUUGCCUUCGCCUAGUGUUUCCGUGGCUAUCCCGUCCAUCGUUCCACCCACUCUCUGCCUUUCCUCCCGCCGAUGUCGCUUUCACCUCCCACUGCUCAUUUCCCCAUCCAACCAGCCAACCCGUUUGCUGUACCUAAUGCAAAUGCCGCUUCGGGACAAGACGACCCUUAGCUACUGUAGAUUACAUACUCGAUUCAUUUAUCAGUCCGACCGCUGCCGCCCGACACUUGCUGCCAUCCUCUGCUACAUCACUGACUUGUCUACUGUACUUUACUGUACUCCAUGUACUCUUCUCCAUGUAGGCUCCCUGCAUUGGUACCCUCCCCCCCGCAAUCCAACCUACAUAAUGUAUUGUACAUAUACAUAUGCAAUCGCCCACACCUUUGCCUGCCCGCGUGACACUCUGUCCGUGAUGUACAUGUAUACAUUCUACUUCCAUACACACAUGUAUGCAUACACACCAUGCUCUCCGUCCCUCCCUCGUCUCCUCCCCCCUCCUUGCUUGCGAACCAAUCAUGCUUGUGCCCCUUCCACACCAAUCAAA